AUGGCCCAAUCACCUCUACCGCACCUCCUCGCACUCAGUACAGCCUACGCAUGCAUAUUGUCCCAUAAUUGGGAUUGCCAUCUACUGCCAGUUUUCAUUGGCUCCUGGGCUUUUGCAUUGGCUACCCACAUCUUUAUCUGGGUCAGUUGGAUCUACCCAUACCAUGUGUCGGAGCUUCGGCACGUCCCUACCGUCCCAGGAUUCCCCUUGUGGGGUCAAUAUUUCGACAUUAUAAGCCAAGAAUGUGGCGUGCCGCAGCGGGAGUGGCAUCAAAGAUAUGGCCCGAUCGUUCGAUAUUUCUUUCCUUUUGGUUCCGAGAGAUUGUCGGUAGCCGAACAAAGUGCGCUGAGCCGCAUCACUGGCGACCGAUCAAAUCAAUACCUCAAGCCCUGGCGAGCGCGGGUGUGGAUCAGUCGCAUUUUCGGAAACGGCUUACUCAUGGCCGAGGGAGACGAGCACAGACAUCAGCGGAGGAUCCUCCUCCCUGCGUUCUCGAGUCAAUCCAUUAAGGCUUGUGCUCCUAUAGUCUGGGAAAAAGCUUUGAUUCUUACCGAUCGCUGGCACGAUCUCACACAAAACGCGGGAUGUGACCCUAUGACGCUCGAAGUGUCAGAGUGGCUGAGUCGCGCUACGUUGGACGCUAUUGGCGAAACAUGCUUUGGACAGGAUAUCAACUCUCUCCGACAACCGAAAAGCACUAUAGUGGCUUCCUACAAGCUUCUGCUUUUUCCCACUCCUUUAUGUCGGGUGUUCCAAGGCUUGCGUACCUUCUUUCCGAUAUCCAGAUACAUACCAAUCCAACCGAACCGCGACAUGGACCGUGCGGAAGAGGAUAUCGCUAAUCUAGCAUCUAGAAUGCUUCGACAAAAGGAGUUUGAGACAAGAGAGAAGGGUAAUAGCUACAGGGGUCGGCAAGAUCUCAUUAGCCUGAUGAUGAGCCAGGACCAAUCCUUCAGAGUCAUGGGUGGGGCGAGCGUAUCUUUUCAGGACAAACGUGAUCAGGUGAUGACGUUCCUAGGCGCUGGCCAUGAUGCGACGGCUGUGACUCUUGCAUGGAGUCUUCAUCUGCUCGCCAAACAUAGCACCGUCCAGCGAAAGCUACGGCAGGAGAUUAAAGCUCACCUUCCACUCCUAUUUGGUGAACGAGCUACAUGCAGUAUGGCUGCACUCGCUGCCGCCGAUUUAGACAGACUGCCCUACCUCAACAAUGUCUGCCGCGAAAUUUUGCGUUACAUCCCAGCAGUUCCGUCGAUCUCUCGUGAGAGUCAACUCGACGAUGUCUUAGCAGGCUAUCAUGUACCGGCAGGCACGACCGUGCACAUAUCACCAAACACAAUAAAUCAUCUCCCCUUGUACUGGGGGGAAAAGCCCAGCGAGUUUGACCCUGACAGGUGGGACAACCUACCCGACUGCUGGACACCCGGCGCCUUCAUGACAUUUUCUCGUGGACUGAGAGCCUGUAUUGGCCGCCGACUGCUCGAAAUGCUAAUGAAGGUGUUUUUAUGCGCUUUGGUCGAAGGUGUGCAGGACGACGCUACAGCCCAAAGACGGAAUCACAUUGACCGUGUCAAUUACAUCUGA